AUGGCGUCGAAGCUCAAAAUCGACCCUCCGCUGCUCAAUUCGGCGUGCCCAUGGUCCACCACGCUCGAAGACAUCAAGGCACUUUACGACAGUCCAUACACAGGCGCCGUGACCAUCCGCACCAGCUUGCUGGAAGGCUUUUCACACGAUGACUCGGUGCACCAAUAUACCUUCUUCACUCCCGGCACGACCAUCCCCGCGAACGCUCCCAAGGGCGAAGACUCGAAACCUACAGCCACCGCGUCCAGCUCCAGCACAGGCGCCGAUAACACAUCAAGUUCUGCUGACAUGUCGUCGUCGUCUUCAGCGGGACCGGUGUCGACGUUGAACACGCUCGGCUACUCCCCGCUCACGCUGUCCGAGUACCUGGGGAUCAUCAACGAGAUCGUGGGCCAACGACACCUGGGCACCGACACGCCGACGAAGAAGCCGUUUAUCCUCAGCGUCACGGGCACCUCGGACGAGAUCUCCAUGGUCUACGCCCUGAUCGCGAACGCGGCCGAGAUGGACGAAGACCUGCGUCUCGCCAUGGAAGUCAACCUGUCAUGUCCCAACAUCGCCAACGCCCCUCCGCCGGCCUACGACCCCGGCCAACUGGCCGAGUUCCUCGAGGCCAUUGGCGACUCGAAAUCGACGUAUCGCGGCCGCAUGGCCACCCCCGAGAGUGCGCCCAGGGUCGGCAUCAAGCUGCCUCCGUACACGCACAUUUCGCAGUUCGAGAUGGUCGUCGCCGCCCUCAAGGCCGCAAAGUCCUCCGAGCCCGGCGAAAGCUGUGUCGUCGACUUCCUCACCUCCACCAACACCCUCGGCUCGUCGCUGCUGCUCAACGACGCCCUGGAGCCCGUGCUGACCAGUGAAUCCGGCACCGGCGUGGGCGGCAUGGCGGGCGCCGCACUCCAUCCUCUGGCGUUGGGCAAUGUCGCCACGUUUCGUCGUCUGCUCGAUCGGCAUCCCGAGACUAAGGACUUGGCCAUCAUCGGCGUCGGCGGCGUCGAGGACAAAGCCGGCUUUGAUCGCAUGCGCAAGGUCGGCGCCAGUGCUGUCGCUUGUGCCAGCGCCCUGGGCCUCUACGGUGUUGACGUGUUUGAAAGGAUCACCAAGGGCGGCGAUUGA